AUGGAGACGGCCACGUUCGAGCAGGGCGACCCUGGCACCGAUUUCACUGUGACAGACACCGGGCAGACGAAGAUGGAGGCGGAGGCGUCCGAGGGUGUCAGCAGCCAGUCUGCCACCCUGAAGGCAUACUUGUCUGGUGGCUGCAACCCGCUCGACGACAUGGCGCAGACCACCAAUCGUGGCUGUGGCCUCGGAGGCGGCGAAGGUUUGGGCCUCGUCGGCUGCGGCGGUUGCGGCGUCGUGGAGCUGUGCGAGCACAGGCCCACGGGCGAGGGCUACGCCCUGAAGGGCCUGAGCAAAGGCCACGUCGCGAAUUGCGGGAGGCGGCAGGCGGUCAUGAAUGGCAAGAAUAUCCGGCAUUACACUGCGAGCGCCGCCUUGGUCUUCGAGUAUCUCCACGAACGCCCUGUCAUCCACAGGGAUGCCAAGCUGCAGAAUCGGGUGCUCAGCGCGACGGGCCAUGCGAAGCUCCGUGACUUUGGCGUUGCGAAACUGGUCGCCGGA